AUGCUUGAAUCAGCUAUCCCUCUGCACCUUACCCAGGAGCGGACUCAGCCUGCAAAGACGCCGGAUAACUAUGAGCCGCCUACCAUAGCAUACACAUCACGAUUCACAGAGAAUGUCAAAGACAUCGUGAUGGCCAUAAUAGGCGCACAGUAUGCGUCUGCAGCAGAAAACGAUGGUGUUGCCAUCUCCAAGAUACUAGAAUUUGUGAAAAUCUCGACCGAUACAGGGGUACGGCCAUCAUUCUCGGAGUUAGCAUCCGUGACUGAUGCAAACGGCUCGUACAAUAUUGCUAUCCUUGCAUAUUGGCCGAGCCAGGAAACAUAUGAAAGUUGGAACACAGUUAGCAACUUCAGAAGCUGGUGGGAGAGUCUAGACGCUGAAAACCAGCAACACGGCUGGUUUCUGGAAGUAUUCUCUCCCACCACAGAUCGGUUCGAGACCGUAGCCUCUGAUGAGAAGGUCCUCGAAGGGGCUGCCUGUAUGCGAGAAAAAGCCAGUGGACCAAUUCUAGAGCACGUAUAUUGGGGAAGCAUGAGAGACCGGAUGCCCAUCUGCCAAACAGAUGCCGUUCCUGGAGACACCACCAACUCAGCUGCUCAACAGUCUGGCUGUACACUUCGACGUCGAGUUCGGGUGCCUGGACGACAAAACCUGGUCGUCAUUCGAUCUGGCCAGGAUUGGUCCAAUACCCGCCCCGAAGAGCACAAGCUGUACCUCGACACGAUGCAACCACCCUUGAUCGAGGGUAUGACUUUCCUCCGCGACCAGGGCAGAGAAAUCGGAUGCCAUAGCUGUCGACUCAUGGACAUCGUGGACAAUGACACCUAUGAGGUCGCUAAGGAUCGCACCUUUGGACUAGCUUAUUGGGAUAGUCUCGGUUCGUUGGAGAAAUGGAGUAGAGAGCACCCUACUCAUCUCAACAUAUUCGGGACGUUCCUGAAAUACGCCAAGAGGCUGGAUAACAACGUUUCCCUCCGUUUGUUCCACGAAGUCCUUGUCCUGAAGCCGGAGCAGCAGUUUUUUGAGUAUGUGGGAUGUCAUGAGAAGACUGGAAUGCUCGCUUCUCUUGCUUCCUAA